AUCAGAUAUGGCACCUUCUCAAUGGCUCAUAUUAGAUAAGGGAAGGACUUAUUUGGAUUAUUAAUCUUCACUAUUUUCACUCUUACUUACUAUUCUCAAUCCUUACUUUUCUCAUGUGAUGAUUUGUAAGACUUGUGUUCGGAACAGUGCUCUCAUUUUCAUGAAAACUAGCAAUGGAGUUCUCCAAUGCCACCGCUGCCACUAGCUCAUAGACUGUCAGUGAUUUCAGUUCAGUUUAUAUAAACAUGGCUGUGGUUCCCAUAUGCUGCAAAAUGCCUUACAGAAAUCAAACUCAACACAUUCAAAGUCUAAUGAGACACAGCGACAGAGGCAUGAUGAUGACAUGUGAUAGUAUGAAACUUUUCUCUGUAUACAUGUACAAGAAGUGGAACUCUUCCUACUUAAAAGGACCAAUUCUUUUGCAGACGAGGAGUGAUUUGGAAGACAAUAUAAGAUCGGUUUCGGAAACCGAUUCGCAUGUGGGAUUCUUUUGUUCCAAUCAGAAGCAGUUGAGAUCAUUGUCUUCUUACUUUGGAAAACUCCAAGAGGCUAAAAAACUCAACCCUGCAGAGUCUUCCAACAAGGCACUAAGUGAUAAACAAUUGUGCUCAAACAAGGAGUUGGAUAUUCUAGGUGCUUAUCUUGACAAGCUUGAUAAAGAUGCACACUCGGACAAGGACUGUUCAACUGCUGAACCAAAUCCGUCUUCUUUCGAAUAUCAGCAUACAAUCAAAGAAGAUUCUGAAAGGAGAGAAGAAUUGACAAUGAGGUCUUACAUGAACCAAGGAAGUAGAAUUGGCUCCCAUGGUCAAAAGGAGUCUCAAAGACUGCAUCAGGAUGAUGACGAUGAUGAUACCUCUGAUCUGUACUUAAUUAUAUUGGCUUCCAUAAACAUUGCAGUUGUUCUGUUUGAAAUUGCAAGUCCAGUUAGGAGCUCUGACAUGGAACUGUCUUCUCUACCAUUACUGUAUGGAGCUAAAGUAAAUCAUUUGAUCCUAGUUGGAGAAUGGUGGAGACUUAUAACGCCAAUGUUUCUGAACUGUGGAGUUUUUGACAUAGGUCUUGGUUGUUGGGCACUUCUUACAUUUGGGCCUAAAGUGUGCAGAGGUUAUGGCUCGUUUACAUUUGUCUUGAUCUACAUACUUGGUGGAAUCUCUGGCAAUUUGAUUAGCUUUCUUCAUACACCAAAACCAACUAUUGGUGGCACAGCACCGAUAUAUGCCAUAAUUGGAGCCUGGCUGAUUUAUCAGAUCCAAAACAAAGAUGUUAUUUCAAAAGAUGUUUCGGAAAGUUUGUUCCAAAAGGCAAUCAUCAUCACAGGUCUUGGCUUUAUAUUAAGCCAUUUUGUUCCAAUUGAUGAAUGGGCGCAUUUUGGAGCAGCGUUUAGUGGUGUAGCUUAUGGAUUUCUUACAUGUCCAACACUUCAACUAGAUGAUAUUGCAGCUUCAAGUAGUGGGCAAGAGGAAGGAAUAGCACUUGUGAAACGACAAGCUGAUCCUUGCAAAUCCCUCUUAUGGUUUAGUUUAUUCAUUGUCGUUUUAAGCUCUUUACUCUUCUUGAUCGAACCUCCUCUCAACGAUAUGGUAUUGGACAACUUCAUAUAGAUAGAGACAUAGGAUCCUAUAGAAUAUAAUUAGAGUGAAAAGGCGUUCUGUAUUGAAAAAUAUAUAAUAUAAUGUGUGUGAAAUAUAAGGUCCUUGUUUACUACAA